CAGGGAUUUGUCGUCAGUGAAGUUAAAUCAUUUUCAGAAGAACAGAGGGCGUACGACGAGUGCAUAUUUUUUCCAUUCAAAGGUGUUUGCCUCCCGCCCCGCGCCCCACCACGGCCCUCACCUGUGUGCUGCGCUGCUUCCCCUGUGAGCCGUCCUGGGCCGGCAGCCCCUUCCUGCACCGCCCCGCCACCCCGCCCGUGGUCAGGAUGACGCGCUCCAAGACCUUCCAGGCCUACCUGCCCAGCUGCCACCGCACCUACAGCUGCAUCCACUGCCGCGCCCACCUGGCCAACCACGACGAGCUCAUCUCCAAGUCGUUCCAAGGGAGUCAAGGCAGGGCGUACCUCUUCAACUCGGUGGUGAACGUGGGUUGCGGGCCAGCUGAGGAGAGGGUGCUGCUGACGGGGCUGCACGCUGUGGCCGAUAUCUACUGUGAAAACUGCAAAACCACACUAGGCUGGAAAUACGAGCAUGCCUUUGAGAGCAGUCAGAAGUACAAGGAGGGCAAGUUCAUCAUCGAGCUGGCCCACAUGAUCAAGGACAACGGCUGGGACUGAGGGAGGGAUGUCAGGGCGGCGGGGGGAGGGGCAGGGGGCGGUGCCGUGUGACUGAGGGAGCUGGUUUGGUUUGGCGAAUCCUCCAUUUCCCUCCCCCCCCCACCCCCCACUGCCUGAUGCAUGCCUGUCGUCCCAGGGGUGCAGGGGGCAAGAGGGCCACGCCCCCGUGGGGAGGCCUGGGGUGGGGCUGUAGGAGGGUCCUCCGCUCCUCUGGGCCGGGCGUCUGAGUGUGGGCGUGCAUGCAUUUAUGUGAGUGUGCGCGUGUGCAUGCACGCGCUUGUGUGUGAGGGUUACUGCAGUCUAGUGAUGAAGGCCUUCCCCCUGCUUGGAAACACUCCCUCUGUGCCACAGUGAGAUCCCUCCAGGGUUUGCAGGUAGCCAGAUCCAUGAGCGUUUGCAUUGAGCAUAAGACAGACACGAGGUAAUGAAAUAGCAUGUUUCUGCUCGAUCAGCACACAAGCGGUAUUUCACAACAACCGAAAUGGAUCAAACUGCUCGACUGUUCCUCAGAAAACUUUGUUGUUGGGUUUUAUUUAUUCGUGCAUGUGUUAAAUUAUUGACGUAUUUAUGUAUUUAUUUGUCGUCGUGUCGGGACAGUCCCUUGUGUUGAACGGUUGCAGUGGUUCCAGUGGGUCCAUCGUCAACACUUCCACCAGUAGCAAUGCUGAGGUCAUUUACUGGUCUUUGCCUUUAUAAUGUGCUGUCACAAUCCUCUGAAUGUUUGCAGUAAAACAGGUGUGUGAAAGGCAGAGAAGGGCAGAGCCAAGCCCUCCUCAUCUGAGGGGCUGAGAGGGAAGGGUACGAGCCCCCAAGUUCCCACUCACAACAGUGUCUUCAUACUCAACUCGCAGCAUUGGAGUGGCGGUCCACUUUCAGCCUCUGUAGCACGGAACCUUUGCAGAGAGAAACAAACCUCAGAGAGACAUUGCUGAGAACUUGGCUUUUGGAGAAGACAUGGCUGUCAGUAGCAAGGGCAUGUCAGAAGCGCUUUCUCAACUGGUGAGGUCCCAUGUUUCCUGAGGUCAGCCUGCUCCACUGUGUCUUCACUCGUUCUUAACGGUACUACCACAAUAACCCAGCUGAGGAGAGGAUGGCUUACUGGUUGGGAAACGGACUCCACUGUUAGCCAGAGAAAGCUGACUGGCAGUGGAGACACCCAGUCAGAGGCUAAUGGAAGCCCCAGCACAACCAAAGAACCCACCUACAAUAAGUUGACCAAUCGAAAUACCUGGAGUUAUUUUGCUUGGGUGAAAUGUUCCAAAACAGAAGGUUCUGAUUGGCUGAAGGUCAUCUUAAGUGUAGUCCCUUCUUUGUGACAUAAUGCAUUGUUUGCUUUUGUAAAUGACUGAUGUUAAUGUAUGUAUAUUCACCACGAAGAUUAUGAGCAUUAUAUUAUGUUAUACAAAAUGUAAAUAGUCACAUUCAGUGUUUGUUUAUUUAUUGUUAUCAUGAUUAUUAUAGUAUAUGCUGUGCUUUGUGUCUUGAGCCCCUAACGGGGACAGUUAUAUUUGC